CUUCCGGUCGGUUUAAAAAAUAUAAAGAAAUAUAAACAAAGUUUGUGUACUUGUACAUUGAAAAAUGCUGUUUUUGAGUCGAAAACGAAAGGAGACGCUGGUUUGUUUCUGAAAUGCGAUAAAGCAGAGUCUCUACCUUUAUGGCAGAUAGCCACGAGCUACGUUCAAGCUCAUUUUCAAGCAACACUUCUCUUCCAAGCGGAGAAGUCGAUCAUGUCGAACUGCUGUCGUCUCAACUGGGGGCACUGCUUCAUUCCUCAGAAUUCACCGAUGUCACUUUCAUAGUUGAGGACAAGAAAUUUCCAGCGCACAGGGUGUUUUUGGCGUCGAGAUGCGAGUAUUUUCGUGCUCUGCUGUUCGGCGGAAUGCGCGAAUCCAAACCAGAGGCAGAAAUCGUACUUAAAGAGACGUCUGCUCCGGCCUUUGGAACGCUUUUAAAAUAUUUAUACACAGGACGAAUAUUUCUGCGUGAUCUGAACGAGGAACAUGUAUUAGAUCUCUUGGGUUUAGCGCAUAAAUACGGAUUCCUUGCUCUGGAAAGUGCUACCUCCGGCUAUCUGAAGGGAAACUUGGAUGUGAACAAUAUUUGUCGUAUAGUUGACAUUGCUUGCUUGUAUCAGCUGGACGAGGUUCUGGAGACCUGUUUAAAUUUCGCCGACAGACAUGCCGUGGAAAUGCUUCAGAAUACAGCUGACUUUGCAAGCCUCUCAGAAGUCGGUCUUGUGAGCAUAACGAAGCGAGAUUCAUUCUGUGCGCCAGAGGUGGAAAUAUUCCGAGCAAUCCAGUGUUGGAUCGAAGAGAAUCCUGAGGUGGUGAACAGGGAAGUGUUGUCUAAUGUCCGACUGCCUUUGAUUGGUCUUCAUGAUCUCUUUCAUACUGUGAGACCUUCCAAGUUGUUCUCAGCAGAUGCUAUAUUGGACGCAAUCAAACUUAAAACAGAAAGUCGUUUGAUGGAGAUGAAUUUCCGUGGUCAUCUUGACAUGGAUGAAAACGUAGCCUUGCCGCAUCUUGGUGCCGAAGUAAUCGAAGGUGAAUUCCCAGACGCACUGCUUGAUUCUGAUAUCACAAGUUUCGACAUGGACAAAGGCUUCACGUUACACUACUUGGAAGAAGGUCGCUCAAUUGUGGUACGUCUUGGUCGACCAUCGCUAAUUAACACUAUUAAGAUGCUUCUCUGGGACAGAGAUAUGAGAUCAUAUUCAUACUACAUUGAAAUCUCAAUGGAUAAUCAAGAUUGGAUCAGGAUUAUUGAUUAUUCGCAAUAUUUAUGUCACUCUUGGCAGACCUUGCAUUUUGAACCGAGGGUCGUAAGGUAUGUUCGACUUGUAGGAACACACAAUACAGUAAACAGAAUAUUUCAUGUUGUGCAUUUUGAAUGCAUGUUCUCAUCAAAACAACACAAGAUUGGUGAAAAUAAUGUCCUAAUUGCAAAGGAGAAUGUUGCAAGCAUUGAAGCGAGUGCGACCGUCAUUGAAGGAGUCAGUCGCAGUCGUAAUGUUCUCUUGAAUAAUGAUACCAAGAAUUAUGAUUGGGACUCUGGUUACACCUGUCAUCAGCUGGGCAGCGGAGCCAUAGUGGUCCAGUUAGCACAACCAUAUAUCAUUGAUUCAUUGCGUUUGCUGUUGUGGGAUUGUGAUGAGAGAACGUACAGUUACUACAUCGAAGUUUCAAAUGAUCGUCAAAAUUGGCAGGUCGUGUCUGACCACAGAAAUGAUGCGUGCAGGUCCUGGCAAACGGCGACGUUUCCUGCCCAAAUAGUGACGUUUGUAAGAAUUAUUGGAACCAGAAAUAGCGUGAACGAGGUAUUCCACUGCGUUCACUUUGAAUGUCCCAUCAGCUCUUCAACGGUCACAACACAAUCGCAAAAUUCGAGCGUUGAAAACUACAACAAUAAUGAAGUCAGCGUUGAAUCGAGUUAGUCAGUCUUCCUGUCUUGUCGUUAACGACUUCAACAAGGUUAUCCGCGAUUUUCCGUGAAUUUUCAUCUAUUAAUGGCUGUAAACAAGCGAAUAGUUAUGAAUUCUGUGAUCUUAAAGUGCCCUUAUUCGACCAUACGUAACUAUUCCAUUCGUUCCCAUCUAUCAAAUGAAGAAAGUCUCACGCAAAAUCGCGGAAAAGUUUAAACGGGCCUUUUGAAGGAUUCUUUGCUUAAGAUAGCUUUCGUGGGGAAAAUUUCUGUAGUUGGAAAUUAUAGUGCAUCUUCAGGUCUUUUUAUAGAGAAAAAUUGAAAAUGUAAUGACUAAUGGUAUUAUCAUGCUGUAAAC